CUUUCACGUGCAGCGGUGAUGUCGUUGGGUCCACUUAGGAAAAAAAAAAGUUGUGCGUCAUAGUGGCCAAAGUGAGAGUCCAGUGACCGCUAUCAAUGCUUGUGUUUUUGUUUUUGGAAAACAACUUAACAUGCAGAUUUAUGCAGACAUUUAAGCUUGACGAUAUAUGGAUAGUUAGGCUAAUUGUUUGUGAAACCAGUUAGUUAUAAAUGGCAUUUGUUUGUUUCUUUUUUUUUCUUUUUUUAAUUACACUUUUUGGAACUUUACUUACUAAAAUCUUGCAGAACGUAUUAUUUGUGUUUAUGGGUCUACAAUAGGCCCAUAUAAGUUUUCUAAAUUCAAAGAGCCUGUGCCUAUCUAUCUAAUUUAUAUGAUGUAGUGCUCUUGUUGAAAUCCUAGUUCUAAUUGUCAUUCUAGUUUCUAUUUCUUUAAGGAUUGCACACAGGAUGUCUCUUUUAAUUUGCUGAAGUAUCUGCCUUGAUAACAUUGAAGAUUUCCUCUCCGAUUUAUCUGAUAAUAACACAACACUUCUUGAAUAAAAGCGUCUGUUGUGUUCAAAAUAAAUUCCGCAAAUUUGCUGAAUUUCGAUCGAAACAAAUUGAAUCUCCUCAUUUUGUACCAACGAAAAAAUUGCGAUAGAUACGUGUGAAUUGCCAUCUAUCCCCUACUUCUUUCUUUUUUCUCGGUGCCAAAUUAAAUCAUUUAAGAUUUAAAAAAAAAAGCCGUAAACCUGAAGGAUUGUACUAUAUUUUGUAUAAGGUAGCAGUAUGGACAAGCCAAUCGUUUUUAAUGUACGGGAGAAUAGAGCACAGACGCGCGUCUUCGAGAGCUUCAACUCACGCUAUCCCAGCAAUAUAAGACUGUAGCAGGAAACACGCCUCAUGUAGCCUGGCCUAUAUGUUCUAACGUCAAUGAAGAAUGCGAAGCCGGGGCAGGACGGAUAGGAGGAGUAGCCAAGGAAAAAAUAAAGGAGCUCUAUACACACAGAGGCUGGUCCUUGUAGAGGAAACUCUACGAGUAAAAUAGAAAAGGACGUUGAAGCAGUCACGAUUUGUUUUGAGUCUUAGCAGUUCGCUUACUCAACGAGACUUGUUCGGCAGUGGCGCAAUAUAGUGUUCAAGUUAACUUAAUAUGUGCAGUUCGGGCUUCAUGUAGACUUACUGUUCGAAUAAAGGAUUUUCUAAUGACGGUGAUUCCUACAGACGUUUAGCGACGUUCGAAAAGCAAAGAAGACUGAGAAGUCGUUGUAGAGUGACCAGCAGCAGUUAAAAGUUAAUUGAGUUCAAUUUAGUUUUGGUCUAUUAGUAAACAGCAUCCACGGAAAUCGUAGUGUAACCUACUCAAAGUGAUCUACUGACAUUCAUGAAUUAAUGACCGAAAUUAUGAAACGUCUAACUUGUAAGAUUUACUUACUCCGAAUGACGUAAUCCGCUGAGGCGCGAAUAAUUCUGUUUUUGAAUUUCUACACAUACAUACACACAAUCAUCGCUUACAAAAAAAAAUACUUCAAUCUCAGGGCAUAGGUACUACUGAGCGACAAUGGCUUCAAUUGACUUCGAUUCUGUCUUGGAGUAUUUGGGAGCCGAGGGUCGAUAUCAAACAGUUCUCUACUAUUUGCUGUGCAUUCCGGCCACGGUACCAGCGGCCUUCCUCGCGUUCAAUCAAGUCUUUUUAUCGGCGACUCCCGGUCAUUGGUGCCAAAUCCCAGAGCUGGCAAAUCUGACGGUUGACUACCGCAAGUCCUUGGGAAUCCCGCACGAUGGCACCAAAUAUUCCUCGUGCUCCAUGUAUCACGUUGAUUUCAGUCAAGUACUGCCGGAAGUCAUUUUGGCUGGUAAUUGGCCAUCCAACACGACGCUCCCGCUGCUGCCAGUGGCCAACUCCGCAUGGCCAGUCACCAACUGCCUUCACGGCUGGGAAUAUGACAAAACCCAGUAUGAUGCCACCCUAGUUACAGAGUUGAAUUUAGUAUGCGACAACAAGUGGUUACCAUCUUUUUCCACAACCCUUUUUUAUGUGGGGUCUCUUUUUGGAAAUCUUCUCUUCGGCUGGAUCGCUGACAAAUGGGGACGUCGAAUUUCUUUCCUGUUAAUGAUCUAUAUGGCUGUAACCCUCUCAAUUGCUACAGCCUUUUCACCAAAUUACACAGUAUACAUGGUUUUUCGGGCAGUCAAUGGAUUGACCUUCCCAGCUCUAUUUCAGAUACCCUAUAUUUUAGUGAUGGAGUUAGUGGGCCCCGAAUUCAGGACUUUUGCUGGGAACGGAAUCAGCAUGUUCUUUGGCUUGUCACUUGCUCUACUGGCCGGGCUGGCUCAUUUCCUGCGCCAUUGGUUUCAUCUCGCAUUAGCGACAUCGGUUCCAUUUCUCCCCUUGUUUGGAUAUUACUGGGUGGUACCCGAAUCUCCACGGUGGCUCCUUAGCAGAGAUCGAAUCGACGAAGCAGAGGCCAUCGUUCAGCGGAUCGCUCGCAUCAAUAAGCGGAGCAUACCAGCAAAUUAUUUGCGAAGCUUAAAGCAGGAGAAUACCAACGUGAAGCUAUCGAUGGAAGAACAACAGGAAGUGACACAAUCUACUCAUCCAUCUCAGCAGCCCAGUAAAGGAACAAUGCUGGAACUGUUACGCUAUCCCAACAUGCGCCGCAAAUUUUACAUUUUGACUUUCUUGUGGCUGGCCAAUUCAGUGGCGUAUAACGGCCUCUCGUACAACUCGUCGAAUCUUGGCGUUUCCGACACGCUCGCCUUUUUCAUCAAUGCAAUUGUUGAAGCCCCGGCCUACGUCCUGACGUGGUGGGCUAUGGGGAGAUGGGGUCGUCGGUGGGUCACCUGUUUAACUAUGCUGCUGGGCGGCCUAGCCUGUUGCUGCUGCAUGCUGGUUCCAGAAGAUCCGCUGUGGAUUUCGGUAACGUUGGCGAUGAUUGGCAAGUUCGGGAUCGCCGCCUCGUUUGGAAUCAUUUUCCUUUACGCCAGUGAAUUAUUGCCAACUGUUGUUCGAAGCCAAGCAAUGGCGAUCGCCUCCUUUGUGGCUGGAAUAGGACUUAUUGCGUUUCCCUACAUAGUUUUCUUGGCAGUUUAUUCUCGUCUGUUACCCUUGCUGAUCAUGGGUUUGUUAGCCACAGCCGGAGCUCUUUGCUCGGUUUUAUUGCCAGAGACGUUGGGAGUAAGCCUGCCGCAAACUUUGGAAGAAGGAGAAGCUUUUGGCUUGCGGUCUCGGAUUUGGAGUUGUCCUGCAGAAAGCAGAAAAUGUCGAACAGUCGAUGAUACUAAGACGAGUGUCAUCGAAAGUGGAGUCGAAUCCCUAGUUCUUCUUGAGCCAAACGGUGCGGCAAUUAAGUCGACGGAGUUUUUGCAACCGACCCUGUAAUCUACGUCGUGUAGUGUGUAAAGUUUCCCUUCAUUAUCACUAAACAUGCGCAUAACUCAGAUGUAUUGGUUACUCUAUUCUAUUCUUACAUUUUUUUAUGACAUCCAAUCACAACGGGAAAUAUUCUUUAUCGAUGAAUCUGAAAUAUAUAAGACAUAUUUUCUUUCCUA